AUGGCAGGCGACGAGACCAAGCCAGAAGCGAUACAACCUCCACAAAUUGUGCUCGAUCAAGCAAACGCAGCCGCCGAAUCCCAGGCCCACGAAGACGCGCAACCACACCGUUCGGCCGAUCACAGUGGCCAUCAUGGGCACCACCAUCACCGCCACGGUAGCGAGUCGAACAUAGAGAACGUCCCCGCCCCCGCAUACAAUAGUGCAGAGUACGGCCAGCUAGACAUAAGUCAAAAUGGCAUGGAUACCGAUGCCAAAGUCGGCAAGGAUGGCAGAAUCAACAUAUGUAUCAAUGCGCGCAAUCACAAGCUCUCGAACCUGCUGGUCCCCGCUCUGCGACGACAGCUUGAAAUCCAGAAAGCAGAAGAUGCGAAGGCCCCGGUCAUCCCGGAAGGGCUGGGUGAAACCGCGGACGGCAUACCACCACCACCCAUGAACCUCGUCAUCCAAAUCGUCGGCAGUAGAGGUGAUGUUCAGCCCUUCAUUGCUCUUGGCCAGGUCUUGAAGAACAAGUACGGCCACCGCGUGCGAAUAGCCACUCAUCCCACAUUUCGAGACUUUGUCACCGAAAAUGGCCUGGAGUUCUUCAGUAUUGGUGGUGAUCCUGCCGAGCUUAUGGCUUUUAUGGUCAAGAACCCGGGUCUCAUGCCUGGUAUAGACUCGCUGAAGAGCGGUGAUAUUGGCAAACGCCGGAAAGGAAUCUAUGAUAUUGUUACAGGGUGUUGGAGAUCCUGCAUCGAAUCGGGUGAUGGCACAGGUAUCCAGGCUUCCGAUGACCUGCUCGAUGGUCGCAGCUUCGACAGUGCCAUGAGCCUAGGUGAUCCGACUCAGAAACCCUUCGUGGCCGAUGCUAUUAUUGCAAACCCACCAAGCUUUGCGCAUGUCCAUAUCGCUGAGAAGUUGGGCAUUCCAUUACACCUCAUGUUCACCAUGCCUUGGUCGCCAACGCAAUCAUUCCCACAUCCUCUCGCCAACCUUGUGUCUUCCAACACUGAUGCGAAUAUGGCUAAUUUCAUGACCUAUGCUUUGGUGGACAUGCUGACCUGGCAAGGUUUGGGAGAUGUGAUAAACCGAUUCCGUCAACGAAGCCUUGGGCUCGAACCUGUCAGUAUCAUGUGGGCUCCCGGAAUGACCAGCCGACUUCGAAUCCCAUGGACAUACUGUUGGUCACCCGCUCUGAUCCCAAAGCCAGCGGAUUGGGGCAACUACAUUGACAUUUCAGGGUUUUAUUUCCUGAACUUGGCAACCAACUAUGCGCCAGCACCAGAUCUCGCAGCCUUUCUUGAAUCUGGUCCACCACCAGUGUAUAUCGGCUUCGGCUCUAUCGUGGUGGACGAUCCCAAUGCAAUGACUAAGAUGAUCUUCGAGGCUGUCAAGAAGACAGGGCAGAGGGCGCUCAUUUCAAAAGGCUGGGGUGGCCUGGGUGCUGACCAACUGGGAAUUCCUGAAGGGUGCUUUAUGCUUGGAAACUGCCCGCAUGACUGGCUUUUCAAGCGUGUGUCCUGUGUGGUCCACCAUGGUGGCGCUGGGACAACGGCUGCUGGUAUUGCUGCAGGGCGCCCGACUGUUGUUGUGCCUUUCUUCGGUGAUCAACCCUUCUGGGGCGCCAUGUGUGCUCGUGCUGGAGCUGGUCCGAUGCCUAUUGCUUACAAAGAUUUGACGGCAGACAAGUUGGCUAGUCAAAUUACGAAGGCGCUCGAGCCGGCUUCGCUGGAGCGCGCGAAAGAGCUGAGCGAUCGCAUCAAGGCUGAGAAUGGGUCUGAAGACGGAGCAGCCUCUUUCCAUAGGCAGCUACAUGUGGCUGAUCUACGCUGCACAUUGUGCCCCGAUAGGAUCGCGGUCUGGCGCGUGAAACGAACAGACAUCCGUCUGUCAGCUCUUGCCGCUACCGUCCUUGGAAAUGAGGGGCUGAUUGAUUUCAAUGACCUGAAGCUUUAUCGCGCUCGCGAAUAUGAGACGGAAGAUGGGCCAUGGGAGCCAAUUACGGGAGGAGCAGCUGCCCUCAUUGGGACGAUCGGGAACUUCAGUAUGGGAAUUGCAGAUCUGCCCGUUGAAAUGCUCAGGUCUCUUAAGAUCGCGUCAAACGAUGUCAAGGAAGCCCACGAGAAACACCGUCGCAGCCAGUCUACAACUCCGGAAGCUGGGUCUCAGAACGUCUCCAGCACUGAUCUUACAAAGGUUGGUUCGAAUCGAUCGACGGAGACGUUGCCAAAACCUACUCCAGCUUCGCCGCCUGAGGUGGCGUCGCCUCUGUCAUCGCCACCAGGCACUCCUUCUUUGACCUCUGCUCGGACUAUCGUUGAUGACGAGACACGUGAAGGACGAAAACAAAGUGCUAUGUCGAGUGUCUUGUCUUCGGAGGGCGAGCCCCGUCAUCGCCGAAGAUGGAGCAGGCAUGGUUCGAGGUCGCAAUCCCGAGAUCCUCGAGUCGGCGAGGAGAAUAAGCACGCAGACGAUAUGAGCUAUAUCACCGUCGAAUCUGCCAUUUCUGGAGCGAAAGGUAUCGGGCGGAUAGCAAGUGCUGGCAUCAAAUCGCCAAUGGACUUCACGCUGUCAAUCGCCAAAGGCUUCCACAAUGCUCCCAAGCUUUAUGGCGACGAAACUGUCCGUAAGUCCGAAAAGAUCACCGACUUUCAGUCUGGCCUCAAAGCAGCCGGUAAGGAGUUCGGCUAUGGUUUCUAUGAUGGCAUUACGGGACUCGUGACCCAGCCUCUAGCAGGUGCGAAAAAAGAAGGCGCAGCAGGAUUCGUGAAAGGCGCCGCCAAGGGUAUCGGUGGUCUUAUUCUGAAGCCCGGUGCUGGUAUCUGGGGAUUGCCGGGCUAUACGGCCAAGGGAGUCUAUGCAGAGAUCGCCAAGCACUUCGGCAGCUCGGUGCAGAACUACAUUAUCGCAGCUCGAACAGCACAAGGGUACGAAGAAUGGAAGAACAGCACUCCCGAAAGUCGCGCAGAUAUCGUAGCAGCUUGGAAGAGCAGUAAGCUUGAGCUGAGGAAGGGAGGCAGAAAAUAUGGUGAGGAGCGAAAAAACGAAAUUGAGGAGCAUAUCCUGACACACACGCCGAGCAACAAUGUGGCCUUGAUGUCUGGUUUUAAGAAUACUAGGCAUCUGAGCUGGGAUGAGCGAAAAGUCCUUGCGGCAAAGAAAGAUGCAGUGAAAAAGCAGGAAAGAGAAGCCAAGCGGGCCGAAGAGGAACGACGACAACAGGAGAGGCGAUCUGGUCGAGGAGGUAAGGUCAAGAGCAGGUGCAAAUUCUGCCCAUUCGACCAUGACUCUGAUCAUCAUCUACGCCAAUCCUCGACUUUCCCCAGCGUCUCCCACCCAUCAGGCGGCAGCAAGCAUGCGUCAACUUCCGAUGUUCAAGACGAAUACGAACAAGCUAUUCAGGCCUCUGUUGCGCAGACGAGUCGCGGCGAUCCGCAUGAAGACGCCAUGAUCGAACGAGCCUUGCGGGCCAGCGUGAACGAGCUUCGCAAAGUCCAGAGCCAAGGUUCUAACGAGCAUGAAGACGAGGCCUACUCGAGGGCUGUCAUGGCCAGUAUCGAUGAAGCCAAGAAGGCGAGGGCUGAGCAAUACCAGGGGCAAGAGGCAGGCGUGACUUCGUCCGUUGAGCCAGAUGAACAUGAGGAGCAGUUGAAGAGAGUCCUAACGCAGAGUUUGGAAGAUUAUAAAAGCAGUCAAGCGACGAUGUCAGGAUCACAGGUUCACCAAGUCGGCGGUCACUGGGAUGAUAGCGACUCUGAGAUUGGCACAGAGGACGAUGAAGACUUCAAGAGGACCCUUGAGGAAAGUAAGCGCCUGCACACCGAGCAGGAGCAGCAGAGAUUGGCAGGUAUCUCCCACCAGCCUGCGCCACCGGUACCCCCGCGAAGCCCGCGAAGGGCGCCUGUACCACAAUCUGAGCCGUCAGCGACUGCAGAUGACGACGAAGAAUUAAAGCGAGCCAUUACGGCGAGUGAGCAAGACGGCAAAACGCGUGAAGAAGCGCUCGCCAAGCAGAAGACUGAGGAGGAAAUUGUGCUCGAAUAUGUGAAAAAGCAGAGCUUAUUGGAGGAGGAACUGAGGAAGAAACGAGAGCAGCAGAGCUCUUCUACCGGAUGA